AUGAUAUUGUUUUCCGAUCAAACUAAACAAUAUCUUUUGAGGCACCUGCGGCUGUUUUUGUCAGACAAAAUAUUACUCACACUAAAGAAUUUGGCGGAAUUACAUUGCCCUCAGACGAGAGAAAUUGUCAUUUCUUGCACAUUCUUUGCCAUUAUCUAUUCACGAUCUCUUCAUGUCGUCUAUUUCACCAUUUGUGCUAUUCUAGCAACAGUUGUAGCAAAGAUUCUCAAGUCUAUCAUCCGACAGCCACGCCCCAUACCAAAGUUACUGAAACAUAAUGGAAAAGUGAUAAAAGCUAAGGUCAAAAAAAGUUAUGGCAUGCCCUCAUCUCAUUCUACGGCCAUCAGCUUUUUCGCCGCUUACAUUCAUUGUCUCAUAAUCUAUGAGUUACAUCGAAAUAAAACUGCAACACUAUCGUCGCGAGCGAGUGAAUACUGUGCAUUGACUUUGUUUCACUGCUUUGCAUGUGGUGUCAUAUGGUCCAGAGUUAGACUAGAACAUCAUACAAGAGCGCAAGUGAUAGCAGGAACCUUACUAGGCAUGUCACUAGCUAUAUUAUCUUAUAUACUGUGGAAAGACCUUUUUGCUGCAAAACUUGAAAAUGUUCAUUUUGCAAAUUGGUUCUAG